AUGCCGGUGGGAGUAGAGACCUCCAAGGCGCAGGAGAUGAAGGCAUCUGUGUCCUUCAGGGGAGAGGGAGGGGAUGUUACGCCUCUGUCUGAGAGCGUGCAUAGCUCUUCGAAUAUCCAGCGUGUGGCACUCCCUGUGCGCGGAGAGUUGGUGUUGGACUCGCACGAUGCAUGUAACCAAAUGUCGCUUGUCAAUCACUAUGGCACCAUUGGACUGCUAGGAGAAAAAAUAUGCCACUGCAACACAGAGUGGCAACAGGUCUUCGUGGACGGUUGGCCCCACAUUGUUCUCACAACGAUACCGGGAGUUGCGAUAGAGCCAGGAGAAGAAGUGCUGGCUGACUUCGGCUAUGAUUGGUUCAAUAGGGUGCAAGAUGCAUCGCACAAGGCGAUAGCCCGCGAGCUCCUUGACUAUCGAAUUGGCGCUAAGACCGGCGCAUGUCAGACCCUGGCUCCGGCACGGAAUGCAGAGUGUUUGGUGCGGGACAACGACGUGACGUUGCAGACUCGAGCCCGGAUGGGCGAAGUGUGCCCCUAUUGUCACUCGGAUGAAAUACCCGUAGUGGCAAAUGCCUCUUCGAAGACUUCAUUGAAGGUUGCAGACAGUGGCGGCAAGUCGGCAGCAACAGGCAAACAAGGAACAGGCGAGAGGCCACAGAAGAGCCAGCCGCAGGGACAACAAACAAUCCAGGCAACAGACGUGGCAGGAAAUGAGCAAGCAAUGCCUAUCUGGGGAGAGCAGGUCGUGCACUGUGACGGAUGUGAUAGACCCUGCCAUCUCCGAUGCAUCUUCGGGGCUCAUAGUGCCGACAGGAGUCUGCAUGCGCAGCAGCAGGAGCCAGAGAACGGGGCACAGGAGCAGCAUCAGCAGCAGAAAGACCUUCAGGAGGGGAAUCUUGAGAGGGACGAACGGCGGCAGCAAGAACAACUGCAAGAGCAUCGGGAGGAGGGAAAACAGCAGCAUAAGGAGCCCCCAGAGCAUGUUGAGAAGCCGCUGCACAGAGACACAUCCACAUCGAUUCAAGAACCUAAAGAUCCGCGAGACUGUGGAUGA